AUGAACAGCAUGGACGCUGCGAACAAGCACGGUAGCGAAGACGCGGUCGAGCAGACAGCACCGUGGCUGCAGAUCCCGUCGCGCGCCAUCUCCGUCGUCGAGCACCCGUGCAUCAUCAAGAACAUCGACAAGGGCAUCGUCUCGCUAGGUGGGCCAGUCAAGCUUAGCAAGGGCUUGAGGUCCAAGCUAGAACCGCAGCCCAACGCAGAGAGCCCAGAUGCUCUCCCAAAAGUCAUAUCAGUCUCUCUUCGGCCGGACGAUCCGCUUGCCAAACGUUUGCUCUCCACACCUGUCGCAACCAACAAUCUGCUCCUGAAAGUGACGGUCCCCAAACGCACUGGUCGCAAGCGGAAGCGUGGUUCUUCAGGCCCAUUCAUAGCUGACGCCGAUGCGGGAGCAGCCACCGGCAAGUCUCAGAGUCCCCAAAAUCAGCACGCGCAAACAGAUGCCGCAACUCUGUUUCGCAGUUUGCAAGACAAUGCGUCCAGAUAUGACGUCUCUGUGGCCGGUGUAAUCGACGAGACACAUCGCUUUCGGAAUCUGCCGGACCUUCAAUAUGCGGCUUCUACAAACAGCACAAUGCUCAAGAUUCGAGACCACGUGCUCCCGCUGAGCUUCUCCAAAUUGAAGAACUUCAACUUAAAUACGGCCGCAGGACCCGACCUCACUAAAGAUGUUGGACCUUCUGCGGAGUUCCUGCAGCUCCCAAUUGCAUACAAUUACCGCUUCCAGCAAAACACCUUCGUCAAAUACAAAGACGACAACGGCGCCGUCGCUGAAGUGAACUUACACAAGAGCCUGGCAUGGUCCGGUUACUCCAUCAUCAAGCCCAACGCAGAGGGUGUUCCCAUGCGUCCGAAGUCAAGUCUGCCCCGGGAGUCAGACCUUACGCCCUAUGUGCAGGAACUCAUUCGUAGCAUCAGACGUGAGCUAGAAAAGCGACCCAUCAUCACCCGUCAUCUGCUUUAUAACACACUCGGCUGGGACAAGCGCGACAGACUGCGUCAAGCCGCUGUUUAUUGCGGAUAUUUCUUCGAGACCGGACCCUGGCGUGAAGCGCUCAUCGCAUGGGGCGUUGAUCCUCGGACAGACCCCAAGUACAGAUUCUAUCAGACUGUGUCGUUCCUGUCCUACAAAAAAACAGGCACCGCUCGGCACUUCACCCGCUUCGACCAACACGUGCGGGACCUUGCAGAGUUAAGCCCUCAGGAGCUUCGCAAACAACACACGUUCGAUGGCGUGCACGUGUCACGGACAGGAAAUCUCUUCCAAUUCUGCGACGUUACAGAUCCGCUGAUUCAACGCAUAUUGCGGACCGAAGACAUUCGUACGACUCCCGCUCCAACAGCACAGGGCUGGUUCCAUGUCGGCACAUGGGCCAAAGCAACAGUUAUCCUGAAGCACAAGAUGAACACUAUUCUUGCUGGCGAUAAGCCUGAUGAUUCCAUCUACGAGCGCAUACUUGCGUGGCCUGAGCUGUGGGACGACAAAACAUUCUUUGCGGAGCACACGAAAGAGCUUCACGACAAAGAGGCAGUUAGUAGAAAGAGCGUAGAGCACACAGUCAUGAAAAAUGUGCGGUACGCUGCAAAGAAUCCACGAUACGCGUUUGAGAGGUUGGAGGCACAGCAAGGGCAGUCAUCCGGUGCAGAACACCCGCAAACAGAGGAAGUGGAAGAAGAUGUUGAAGUGGAGGAGGAUAUGUCAGAGGUCCCUGAACGGGCUGAGGACAUUCUUAAUGAAGGCGGCAGCGUGGAAGAUGAUAGCGAUAAUGAGGUCGGCGAUGAGGAUGAAGAUGACGAAGAAGAGGAUGAGCUUAAUGAAAGUGUGGGUGGGGUGUUGGAUGAGGUAAUGGACGAGGAUGAGGAUGCUGAUGGGGAGUGGGAGGUUGAUGACGUCCCGACUGCUUUCGGCUUCGGCGGUUUCAAUGACACGUAG